UAACAGUGCAUUUACAGUGCCGACGACGAUCAAAAGUAGAUAAUUUCUAGGCCGAUCAACACCUUUCUAAAUUCCGAUUUUGCUGGUGCUGUGUCCCUUCGACAACGAAGACGAGACUACGAAGAAAGUUGUGCUUCUGGAUCUAGGUUUUAGGAUUAGGUUGGGUUUUGGCUCGCUUUUCGUUGUACAAUCUGUUCUCUGGGUGAAAAUCCAAUGGUGUUCCUCUAGGUCCGAUUGGAAGUUUAAGGAAGGAGGGGUGAGAGGUGAAACCCUAAGAUGAAGUCUACGGGGAUCAUCAACAUCGCGGCCAGCGCGCCAAAGCUGGACGCGGACAAUCGGAUCUCGCUUCGAAAUUACUACCGUAUUGCGAAUAAUCUCAUUAAGCAGGCUGACAUCUAUCGUGAGGAAAAGAAUUUAAUUGAUCUGUAUGUUAUGCUGCUGCGGUUUUCAAGUUUGAUCACUGAAACUAUUCCAUAUCAUCGAGAUUACCAUGUGUCUCUACAAGGUGAAAGAAUCAUUUUUAAGAAGAAAUUAUUACAUGUCAUUACUGAGCUGGAGGCACUUAAGCCAGAUGUACAGCAGCGUCUUGAAGAAUUGAACCGCAAGUCUAGGAGUCAAGUUAGCAGAUGGGAUCGAAAACAUCAAAACAAUUCAAUCAAUAACUCCUUGGAGUGGCCUUCUAUUAAAAAACAGAACUUAAAAAGUGACAGUAGACAGGUAUACCGGGUUAUAGGACAAAAUGGAGUCUCCAGGUUUCCAUCUGGUCAGCAAGAUUUACUACCACAAUCCAAGCCUAAGGGAGAUUGGAUUAGCAAUUUAUCUUUUACCACCCUGCGGCCUAAGGAGGAGACAUUAUCAAGGCACUCUAUUUUAGGACCCAAUGGCCUUUCAGGACAUUGGCUGCCACCAAAUAUUGGUCAACUGGUUCAAUAUCCAAGCAAUGUCGACUUAUCUCCUAUUGAAAUCCCGAGCUUGCCUCAGCCUACUAAACUAGAUGAUCCAGCUAUGAAAGAUAAUGGCACUUCUCACCAGGAUAACACUAUGUUAGCGGAAGUGCUCUCCUUACAUGAUGGUGGAGCAUCAUUUCAUGCUGAACAACCAUCUUCCAUGAUAAACUUUGAUGCUAUAGAAGUUCCUGCUAAAAUGGAUCUUAUUAGAGAUCCGUCACCUCCACCUGUGCGUGCAGAAGUAGAAGAGUUAGUUACUAUGACAUCACAGCUAUCUAAUUCACUUGAACAAACAUCUUUAUCCACGAAUGAGCUGGUCGGCUCUGAAUCUCCUUUAGAAGUGCACAUUUCGACUUCAUUGAUGGAGAGCUUUCUUAGAGUGGCUAAGUCAAAUACUGAUAAACACAUAGAAACAUGCGGAGUGAUUGCUGGUUUACUUAAAAGCAGAAAAUUUUUUGUGACUGCUCUUAUUAUUCCGAAACAGGAGGGAUCAACUGACUCAUGCCAGGCAACAAAUGAGGAGGAAAUAUUUGAAUACCAGGAUAAGCAUUCACUUUUCCCCCUUGGUUGGAUUCAUACGCAUCCUACUCAAUCUUGUUUCAUGUCUGCAAUUGAUGUCCACACACACUAUUCCUAUCAGGUUAUGCUACCUGAAGCGAUUGCAAUUGUUAUGGCCCCUAGUGACAUUUCAAGAAAACAUGGCAUAUUUAGAUUAACAACACCUGGAGGCAUGUCAAUCAUUCGGAACUGCGAUCAGCGCGGCUUCCAUCCUCAUUCAUCUCCGCCAGAUGGCGGUCCGAUCUACGACCAUUGCUCUGAUGUUUAUAUGAAUCCAUCUUUGCAGAUUGAUGUGGUUGAUCUCAGAUGAGUCUCCUGACCUUUUAAUACAGCUCUUGAUUCUUUCUCUGGAUCUGAUUUUCCUGUACAUAAACAUAUAGUUUGUAUUGUAGAGCAGAGUGCUGUCUCUGCUGGGCUCUGAAGCAAGUUGAUGAUUGAAUUCCUCAUUAAUCAAAUAAUGCUGCUUUUCAAACAGAUCACUAAACUGGAAUUAUUCUUUCUAUUGUCUAAUACUUAGUUCUUGUUGCAGUCAUUCUUU